AUGGAAGAUCCGCCAAGCUCUAGCAGUUAUUCAUUGGAUUCAAGUAGCACUUCCAAGUCCAUAGUUAUUCCGAUUGGUCCACAUUCACCUUAUUCAGGUGAUUUUGGUGAAUACUUUUCUGAACAGUACUCUGUCCUCAAGUUGGUUUUAUCUUAUCUAAACUAUUAUGAUCUUAAUACACUUCGGGAAGUCAACAGUUCUUUGAAAAUAGCUACUGAUAUACUGUUAAAGAAACGCACGUGGAUUCAAGCUGCUUCUCUAAAUUAUAUGCACGGAACUGAUCAUCGGCCAGAGCCAAUACACAGUGGACAUUUCAUUGAUUUGAGAAUUGAGCCAAAAGUAUUGUUUACUUUUGAAGGUAUGGCUGGUGGACCUUCAUCUAGAUCCAGGCCAAAAAUUUGUAUGCGUUUACGAGAUAGAAACGAUAACCGUUUCUUUCCCAGAAGUGACAUCGUGCCAAAAUCAGUUAAGACAUUUGUACCAAUUGGCGCUAAAGGUAUUAUUUAUCCAGACAAGAAUGAAAAAAAUGAAUUGAUAACUGUUCAGACCAUGAUGCAUAAAAAACUGGCACUUCUCUAUUUGCCUACAACUGACAGUUAUGAUGUAAGUGUAUUUACUCGUGUAGUUACAUCUGACUCGUUUAUACAAGAACCAAUACGUGAAUUUUUUCAUAGUGAUCCACGUCCUAUAAGAGGAAUAAUAUUUUUGAAAGUCGGUGCACCACAUAUCGAUGGAAUGAUAAGGUUUAUUGUGAAAAUGGUAUCGAACAAUCAGUCCGAACCAUUUGCGUUAUCUGGAGGACAUGUAUCAAGCUUAGAUUAUGAUAAUCCACCAAAAAAAAAUAUUCCUGGUGUUUUGAAGGCAAUAAUUUUUCGUGGAGAUGGUAUACGUUGUGUGUCCGAUUUUAUUGGCUCUACAACGGAUGAUGGAGUACUUGAGGAUUAA